GGGGUGUUAGGUCGAUUCUUCUUCUUCUUCGUCUUUUUUUAAUUCUUUCCCUUCCCUGUGGGAAGCAGCCAAUCUUCCCCUUUCCACGAAGGAUUAGCAAAAAAAACACACCUCUUGCGGACCUUUUUUCUGAAUGAGGGUUUUCCGCCAAUUUGAGGGGCCCUCCAACUGUGAUGUGAAGAACUGAGAGACCUCCAGGACGCCUUCUGAAAUGCCGUCUCUUGAGGCUUAGUCUGCGGAGGGGUGGCUGGGGGGAGAGACUUCCAGACUCGCUCUGUUCUUUUGCAGGGGAGAAGUGAUUUCAGGUGCUCUGUUUUGUAGAGAGGAAAUAGGAUUUUUCACUGCUGACAGGUUUCUUCCUAGAUGGCCCCCGGGAUAUAAAAUGGACUAGAGGCCUAACCUUCGGAAUAAGAUCUGUCAUAGCUCAGCUGUAAGACAGGGUUGCCACCCUGCACAUCUUCCUAUUGCUUCCUUGUGCCCUUGCUGCUGCGUUACUGUCUUCCGAAAUGUCGGAGCUAAGGAGGCGAGGAGCUGGGGGAGACCACGAAGCAGAAAGUGUUGGUGACAAGGAUAUAGAUGGAGAUGAAAAAUUUGGAGAACUGGAUCUCAGAAAUGAUACAGAAGUUCCUGAAGUUGUCCCAGCAACAGACAGCACUCCAGAAAUUUUUAAAAAGGCCCUUUCUGGCUUAUCUUCCAGAUGGAAGAACUGGUGGAUUCGUGGAAUUUUAACUUUAGCAAUGAUUUCAGGUUUCUCCCUCAUUAUAUACAUGGGAUCAUUUAUGCUGAUGCUGCUUGUCUUAACCAUACAAGUAAAGUGCUUUCAUGAAAUCAUCACUAUAGGUUACAGAGUUUAUCGAUCUUAUGAUCUACCGUGGUUUAGAACAUUAAGCUGGUAUUUCUUGUUGUGUGUGAACUAUUUCUUUUAUGGUGAGACAGUAGCAGAUUACUUUGCCACUUUUGUUCAGAGACGAGAACAACUUCAAUUCCUAAUCCGCUACCACCGAUUUAUAUCGUUUACACUUUAUCUGGCAGGAUUUUGUAUGUUUGUAUUGAGCUUGGUGAAGAGACAUUAUCGGUUACAGUUUUACAUGUUCGCAUGGACUCAUGUCACUUUGCUGAUCACUGUAACUCAAUCUCAUCUUGUCAUCCAAAAUCUGUUUGAAGGCAUGAUCUGGUUUCUUGUUCCAAUCUCAAGUGUCAUUUGCAAUGAUAUUGCUGCUUAUAUAUUUGGAUUCUUCUUUGGCAGAACUCCAUUAAUUAAGCUCUCUCCCAAAAAGACCUGGGAAGGCUUCAUUGGUGGCUUCUUUACCACAGUUGUGUUUGGAUUUAUUGUUGCUUACCUUCUGGCACAAUACCAGUAUUUUGUAUGUCCUGUUGAAUACAAUAGUGAAACUAACAGGUUUGUCACAGAAUGUGAACCAUCGGAACUUUUCCAACUGAAGAGGUACUCCUUACCACCAUUGCUUCAAGUUAUUCUGGGAAAGGCAAGUGUGAAUAUGUACCCAUUCCAGAUGCACAGCAUUGCUUUGUCAACAUUUGCAUCUUUAAUUGGGCCAUUUGGAGGUUUUUUUGCUAGUGGGUUCAAAAGAGCUUUCAAAAUCAAGGAUUUUGCUGAUACUAUUCCUGGCCAUGGUGGAAUAAUGGAUCGUUUUGAUUGUCAAUACCUGAUGGCUACUUUUGUACAUGUCUAUAUUACCAGUUUCAUAAGAGGCCCUAAUCCCAGCAAACUACUGAAACAGCUGUUGGUACUCCAGCCAGAGGAGCAAUUAAACAUUUAUAAAACUUUGAAAUCCCACCUCAUUGAGAAAGGCUUUCUUCAACCAUCACUGAGGGGAUAGGAGGAGACUACAAAGUGAAGCGCAGCUGGGAAUGCAGUUCUGCUUCUGGGAGCAGGUGUGUUGGAAUGAGGCCAGACCGUGUGUCCAAAGAUGCGGCUGCUUACGGAGGAUACUGUGAACACCCAGGAUGCCGUGCAAGGUUUUCUUUUUAACAACUGCAUGUUUUUGCAAUAAUUUAUAUUCUUGGGUUAAUGGAAUGAGACUUCUUGCUUUGGUCUUAACUAUUCUGUUCUGAGCAAUGAUGCACAUACUCCUAGAAAAUAAAAAUUAAAGAAACAA